UUCUGCCCCUGAACAAGGCAGUUAAUCCACUGUUCCUAGGCCGUCAUUGAAACUAAAAAUGUGUUCUUAACUGACUUGCCUAGUUAAAUAAAGGUUAAGAAAAUACAUCAUAAUGAGCAGCAGUAGGUCAGGUGUUUAGGUUUUCCUCUGGUUAUUUUGACAAAUCACGAUUUGGCAGGUGUUGGCGUCCUCCUCGUUUCAUCAUCUCUCCUAAAACGUAUGAACCCAGAACUGAAUAGAGCGGCUGACCAAUUACGUGAGACAUUAGUUCUGGGUUAACCAAGACUAACUCAGGGGUGAACGAUGUGUUCAACUCCAAUGAACGCUCAAUCAAAGGUUCUGAACAUAAGACAGAGGGGCAUUACAAGGACCACUUCCAUUUUGAAAAAGUGAUUAGGAAAAAAAAUGGUACAUUUGUGGAAAGUAGUGAACGGUUGGUUACACACUUCAGGAGAAAGGAGGUAUUAUAAGGAUGCACCAGUCAGAUAUAGAAUACAAUAAUCAAAUGUUUCGUCUGAUGAUGUUCUAUGUACAAUACUUCCUGUGGUCUCCAGGACAGAGCUAGCCCGUCCCCCUCCACCCUGCCGGAGUCCCCUGGUCACAACUCUCCUGGUAACGCCUUACUGCUGGAUCUGAAGAAGGUGUCUGUUUGGCUGGUCGACUGCAGGAAAACAGCAGGGCAGAGUGGAACUGUGAGAGAAGGACACGAGGAGGGAGAUUUGAUUUCAUCAAGGGACACCCCUAAGUGUUGUUCUCUCAGUGGGAGGGGCUUAUCAUCUGGGGAGCCUCAACAACAUCCUGUUGCUGACGAGACAGAGAAGAGUCUCUCCAGAUCAGAACAUCUCAAGAAACACCAGCAGAGACGUACAGGGAAGAAACCUCACCACUGCUGCUCUGACUUUGGGAAGAGUUUCACAAGCCAGAGUGGCUUCAUUAUUCAGUGUGGGAAGAGUUUUGCUUCUUCUAACACCUUCAAAUCUAAUGUAAGAAUUCAUACAGGGGAGAAGCCUUACCCCUGCCUUGAUUGUGGGAAAAGCUUUGUUCGUGCAGGAGCCUUAACCAGACACCAGCGGACACACACUGGAGUGAAGCCUUAUAGCUGUGAUCAGUGUGGGAAGAGCUUCAAUCAGUCAGUCAACCUGACUACACACCAGCGAACACACUCUGGAGAGAAGCCUUAUAGCUGUGAUCAGUGUGGGAAGAGCUUUGUUCAGUCAGUCCACCUGACCACACACCAGCGAACACACAGUGGAGAGAAGCCUUAUAGCUGUGAUCAGUGUGGGAAGAGCUUCAAUCAGUCAGUCCACCUGACUAGACACCAGCGAACACACUCUGGAGAGAAGCCUUAUAGCUGUGAUCAGUGUGGAAAGAGCUUUGCUGUAUCAGAAAAACUAACCAUACACCAGCGAACACACACUGGAGAGAAGCCUUACAGCUGUGAUCAGUGUGGGAAGAGCUUUGUUCAGUCAGUCCACCUGACCACACACCAGCGAACACACAGUGGAGAGAAGCCUUAUAGCUGUGAUCAGUGUGGAAGGGGCUUUUCUCAAUCAGUAACCCGGAAUAAACACCAGCGAAUACACACAGGAGAGAAGCCGUAUAGCUGUGAUCAGUGUGGAAAGAGCUUUGCUGUAUCAGAAAAACUAACUAUACACCAGCGAAUACACACAGGAGAGAAGCCUUAUAGCUGUGAUCACUGUGGGAAGAGCUUUGCUGUAGUUUCCUCCCUGAUUAGACACCAGGUAACACACACUGGAGUGAGAACUUAUGUCUGUCUAUGUGGGAAGAGCUUUGGUCUAGCUUCCUCCCUUACUAUACACCAGCGAACACACACUGGAGAGAAGCCUUAUAGCUGUGAUCAUUGUGGAAGGGGCUUUUCUCAAUCAGUAACCCGGAAUAAACACCAACGAACACACACAGGAGAGAAGCCUUAUAGCUGUGAUCAGUGUGGGAAGAGCUUUGCUACAGGUUCCACCCUGACUACACACCAGCGAACACACACUGGGGAGAAGCCUUAUAGCUGUGAUCAGUGUGGGAAGAGCUUUGCUGCAGGUUCCACCCUGACUAAACACCAGCGAACACACACUGGAGAGAAAGAAGCCUUAUAUCUGUGAUCAGUGUGGGAAGCUUUUCAGUCAGUUAUGGACCCUUUAUUCACACCAGUGAACACACACUGGCGAAGGAACCUUAUGUCUGUCUAGGUGGGAAGAGCUCUGUUUAUUUAGGGCCAAUGAGAAAACACCAGAAAACACAAACAUGCUGUAUUUCAUCUUCCUCCCAUCUGGCACCGGUUCCAGAUCCCUAAAUAAAGGAUCAGUAGAAAACAUCUAGUGAACAGUCGUAUCCAUCUCCCAUUCUUAACUCUUUGGGAUAGCGGGAUGCCUCGUCAACAUCCGGUGAAAUUGCAGAUCGCGAAAUUCAAAAUGACAGAAAUAGAACUACUAACAUUCAUGAAAAUACAUGUAUCAUACAUCAAAAUAAAGCUUAACUUCUUUUUAAUCCAGCCACUGCGUCAGAUUUCAAAAAGGCUUUACGGCGAAAGCAGACCACCAUCUGAGGACAGUGCCCCACAUACAAAAGCAUGAAAAACAAUUUCAAGCCAAGUAGAGGAGUCAAGAAAGUCAGAAAUAGCGAUAAAAUGAAUCACUUACCUUUGAAGAUCUUCAGCUGGUUGCAAUCAUAAGAGUCCCAGAAACAUCACAAAUGGUCCUUUUGUUCGAUAAAGUCCUUUUAUUAAAAAAAGUUAGUGUAGCUGGCGCGCUUUACUCAGUAAUCCACCGGUUUCCCUCGUUGAAAAAUGCAAACAAAAGUUCUAAAAGCUAUUGGCAAACUUUGUCGAAACUAGUCAAACAACGUGUCUAUAUCAUCCUCAGGUUGUCUGAAAUGUAAAUAAACUAGAAUAUUUCAUACGGAAAGGACUGUGUUCAAUUUGAACAUCAAAUUAGCAAGAGCGUACCUUCCUCAUUGCGCGCAAAACCACUGAUGUGACCCUAGCAGUCACCAGACUCUAAGUCAAAAUACUAAUUCAUUUUUCAAAACAAUAGCCUCAAAACCUUGAAUAAAGACAGUUGACAGCUAGUAGAAGCUAUAUCAAUUGCAAUCUGGUGGAUGGACAUAGGGGUUUUCUAUAGCUUUACAAAAUAAAAGCCUGUGAUUGAAUUUCUUUUUUUUCUGGUUGGAUUUUCUUUGUGUUUUUGCCAGCCAUGUCAGUUCUGUUUUCCUCACAGACAUUAUUUUGACAGUUUUGGAAACUUUAGAGUGUUUGGGCCUGAGAAAGUGGGCCUGAGAAACAGGCAGUUUACUUUGGGCACGUUUUUCAUUCAAACGUCUCAAUACUGCCCCCGUUCCCAUAAAGGUUAAACAGUUGCCUUAGUCUGAUCACCAUGGUAACCUCUGUGGAGCAUAAUAUGCAGCUCUGAUCUAGCAUCAGGUCUCCACUGUGUCUAUGUAAUAUCACACAUUGGGCUCUAAAUGGAUAAAUG